UUUUCACCACAGCCCGAUAGACUGAAUAGUCACUGCGGUGAGAUGGAAACGCCAUGAGGUCGCAGUGAUGACAAGUGCAUAGCACGAGGUUAUUUCGAGAAAGCUCGGCAGGAAGAGUCGUUGCCGUCAUGCCGUCUGGCAAGGUAGACGGAGCGCAAGUUUAGGAAUGGAGAGAACCAAGCGUUGAUUCAAUGGGGACUGCUCAAUGAUAGGUCGACCAGAAGAUCAGAGCAGACAUCAAGUCAUUCCGCGUCUCGCACAUGGCCCACAUGGCGCGCCUGUCUCUAACGUGCGGAAGGGCACGACUCACGAGCCAGAUCAAUCGAGUGCGGCGAGCGGUUCGCAUAAUGCGGCAGACGUGCAAAACACCGCUCAUGAAACCGAGGCUAUUGUAGUAUUCAAGCAGCUUCGGAAGUGAGU